CGCACGAUCUGGGGACCCCCGGCGGUGGACCCAAGCCCUCCCCUCCGCCCCGCCUCCGGGGCACCAGCUUCGGCUCCAUUGUUCCCGCCCGGGCUGGAGGCGCCGGGUUCCGAGUGCCGCCGGGAGUCGUGCCUUGGCCGCCGAGCUCUCGCGACCCAGCCAGGACCUGAACGGAGCCCGGAGACGACCGACCCGAGCGCAAGACACAGACACCCGCCGCGCCACGGCGAGCUCUCCAGAGGCGGGACCGCAGCGCCAAGUGAGAGUCCGCUUGAGAAGGCAGAUCGAGCUCAACGUGGAGUCUCCAUGGAGGUGCGGAGGCUUGUCACCAACCUCUAAGUGCAGAACUGGGAUGUGGAGCUGGAGGUGCCUCCUCUUCUGGGCUGUGCUGGUCACAGCCGCACUCUGCACGGCCAGGCCAGCCCCGACCUUGCCUGAACAAGCUCAGCCCUGGGGAGCCCCAGUGGAAGUGGAGUCUCUCCUGGUCCACCCUGGUGACCUGCUACAGCUUCGCUGCCGGCUGCGAGAUGAUGUGCAGAGCAUCAACUGGCUGCGGGACGGGGUGCAGCUGGCGGAGAGCAACCGUACCCGCAUCACGGGGGAGGAGGUGGAGGUGCGGGAUUCCACCCCCGCUGACUCUGGCCUCUACGCUUGCGUGACCAGCAGCCCCUCUGGCAGCGACACCACCUACUUCUCCGUCAAUGUCUCAGAUGCGCUUCCCUCCUCGGAGGAUGAUGACGACGACGAUGACUCCUCCUCAGAGGAGAAAGAAACAGACAACACCAAACCAAACCCUGUAGCUCCAUACUGGACAUCCCCAGAAAAAAUGGAAAAGAAGCUGCAUGCGGUGCCAGCUGCCAAGACGGUGAAGUUCAAAUGCCCAUCCAGCGGAACACCCAAUCCCACUUUGCGUUGGUUGAAAAACGGCAAAGAGUUCAAACCUGACCACCGGAUUGGAGGCUAUAAGGUUCGUUAUGCCACCUGGAGCAUCAUAAUGGACUCUGUGGUGCCCUCUGACAAGGGCAAUUACACCUGCAUCGUGGAGAACGAGUAUGGCAGCAUCAACCACACCUACCAGCUUGAUGUUGUGGAGCGAUCCCCUCACCGGCCCAUCCUUCAGGCAGGGUUACCUGCCAACAAGACAGUGGCCCUGGGCAGCAACGUGGAGUUCAUGUGUAAGGUGUACAGCGACCCACAGCCUCACAUCCAGUGGCUGAAGCACAUUGAGGUGAACGGGAGUAAGAUUGGCCCGGACAACCUGCCGUACGUCCAGAUCCUGAAGACUGCUGGAGUUAAUACCACCGACAAGGAAAUGGAGGUGCUUCAUUUACGAAAUGUCUCCUUUGAGGAUGCGGGGGAGUAUACGUGCUUGGCGGGUAACUCUAUCGGACUCUCCCAUCACUCUGCAUGGUUGACCGUUCUGGAAGCCCUGGAAGAGAGGCCAGCCGUGAUGACUUCGCCACUCUACCUGGAGAUCAUCAUCUAUUGCACCGGGGCCUUCCUUAUCUCCUGUAUGGUGGGCUCCGUCAUCAUCUACAAGAUGAAGAGCGGCACCAAGAAGAGUGACUUCCACAGCCAGAUGGCCGUGCACAAGCUGGCCAAGAGCAUCCCUCUGCGCAGACAGGUAACAGUGUCAGCAGACUCCAGUGCCUCCAUGAACUCUGGGGUUCUCCUGGUUCGGCCUUCACGACUCUCCUCCAGUGGGACCCCCAUGUUAGCUGGAGUCUCAGAGUAUGAGCUUCCUGAAGACCCCCGCUGGGAGCUGCCGAGAGACAGACUGGUCUUAGGCAAACCUCUUGGAGAGGGCUGCUUUGGGCAAGUGGUAUUGGCAGAGGCCAUCGGGCUGGAUAAGGACAAACCCAACCGCGUGACCAAAGUGGCUGUGAAGAUGCUGAAGUCCGACGCAACAGAGAAGGACCUGUCAGAUCUGAUCUCGGAGAUGGAGAUGAUGAAAAUGAUCGGGAAACACAAGAAUAUCAUCAAUCUGCUGGGGGCGUGCACACAGGACGGGCCUCUUUAUGUCAUCGUGGAAUAUGCCUCCAAAGGCAACCUUCGGGAGUAUCUGCAGGCCCGGAGGCCUCCUGGGCUGGAAUAUUGCUACAACCCCAGUCAUAACCCUGAGGAACAGCUGUCCUCCAAAGAUCUGGUAUCCUGUGCCUAUCAGGUGGCCCGAGGCAUGGAGUAUCUUGCCUCUAAGAAGUGCAUACACCGAGACCUGGCUGCUAGGAAUGUCCUGGUGACAGAGGACAAUGUAAUGAAGAUCGCAGACUUUGGCCUAGCCCGAGACAUUCACCAUAUUGACUACUAUAAAAAAACCACCAAUGGCCGGCUGCCUGUGAAAUGGAUGGCACCUGAGGCAUUGUUUGACCGGAUCUACACCCACCAGAGUGACGUGUGGUCUUUUGGGGUACUCUUAUGGGAAAUCUUCACUCUGGGCGGCUCCCCAUACCCUGGUGUGCCUGUGGAAGAACUCUUCAAGCUGCUGAAGGAGGGUCACCGGAUGGACAAGCCCACUAACUGUACCAAUGAGCUGUACAUGAUGAUGCGGGAUUGCUGGCACGCAGUGCCCUCUCAGAGGCCCACUUUCAAACAGCUGGUGGAAGACCUGGACCGCAUUGUGGCCUUGACCUCCAACCAGGAGUAUCUGGACCUGUCAAUGCCGCUGGACCAGUAUUCUCCCAGCUUUCCCGACACGCGGAGUUCUACCUGCUCUUCAGGGGAGGACUCUGUCUUCUCUCAUGAGCCGUUACCCGAAGAACCCUGUCUGCCCCGACACCCGACCCAGCUUGCCAAUGGUGGACUCAAACGGCGCUGACUGCCAACCCUCCCUGGCCUUUCCCCAGUUCCGUCAUCACCUGUGUUCCUCAUCUGUAGUCCCCUGCUGGACACGCUGCCUUUCCCUUCUCCCUUGCUGCUGGCAAGAGCCAGUGUGUAACUGAGGCCUUCCUGUGUGGCCUAUCCCAUCACCCCCCAAGAGCUCUCCACCUCUUCUCAACCUGCUGUGUGGGAGAGGAGCCAAGAGGCAGGUACCAGCCGGUAGCCGCUUCCUCCUUCCUAGGUGUUGGACCAAGACACACCCUGCUGCUUGGCGCUCCUUGGAGGCCUGGGGAGAAGCAAGUGGAACUGUCUGCGAGCAAGAGCUCACUGAGUCUUCUGGUUGACCCACUAGCCUUGGGGCUUCUGAAGCAGUGGGGUUUGUUUCUGUUCAGGCCUUCACUGAAAGCAACCUCUGCCCCAGAUGGGUGGUACCAGUGGCUUCUUAAUUCCAAUACUAAUUUGCUUUGCUGACCAAAUACCUGGUACUGGAAGACAGUGAGGCAGAGAUUGGGAGCAGUGAUGUGGCCCUGGGGCUGAGCCCUAGACUCGGGGCUUUGUACAUAGCUAUGAAGAAAACACAAAGUGUAUAAAUCUGAGUAUAUAUUUACAUGUCUUUUUAAAAGGGUCAUUACUAGAGAUUUACCCAUUGGGUGAGAUGCUCCUGGUGGCUGGGAGGCAUCCGUUGCUAUAUAUUAAAAACAAAAAACAACAAAAAAACAACAAAAAAAGGAAAAUGUUUUUUAAAAGGUCAUAUAUUUUUUGCUACUUUUGCUGUUUUAUUUUUUUAAAUUAUGUUUUAAACCUAUUUUCAGUUUAGGUCCCUCAAUAAAAAUUGCUGCUGCUUCA